AUGUCAGUUAAUAAUACAAAUCAGAAUAAUAAUCAAAUUGAAAUUGAUCUUACACAAUUGAGGGAUCCUGCUGGAAUAUUUGAAUUAAUUGAAGUUGUCGGAAAUGGAACAUACGGUCAAGUUUAUAAAGGUCGGCAUACGAAAACCGGUCAGUUGGCUGCAAUCAAAGUUAUGGAUGUUACUGAAGAUGAAGAAGAAGAAAUUAAACUUGAAGUGAAUGUACUGAAAAAGUAUUCAAAUCACCGGAAUAUUGCAAUGUACUAUGGUGCAUUUAUUAAAAAAUCUGUCAUGGGACGAAAUGAGAAUGAUCAGUUAUGGCUUGUUAUGGAAUUUUGUGGUGCUGGUAGUGUUACAGAUUUGGUUAAAUCUUCAAAAACCAAUUCAUUAAAAGAAGAUUGGAUUGCCUAUAUUAGUAAAGAAAUUCUAAAUGGACUUUGUCAUUUACAUCAGAAUAAAAUUAUACAUCGAGAUAUCAAAGGACAAAAUGUACUGUUAACGGAAAAUGCUGAAGUGAAACUAGUUGAUUUUGGUGUAUCAGCACAAUUAGAUCGAACAAUUGGAAGACGAAAUACAUUUAUUGGUACACCCUAUUGGAUGGGACCUGAAGUGAUUGCAUGCGACGAAAAUCCUGAAGCAACAUAUGACAAUCGAAGUGAUAUUUGGUCAUUAGGAAUUACAGCAAUUGAAAUGGCUGAAGGACAGCCACCUUUAUGUGAUAUGCAUCCAAUGCGUGCUCUGUUUCUAAUACCGCGAAAUGCUGCUCCAAGAUUAAAGUCAAAAAAAUUUCAUAAUUUUGUCGAAUUAUGUCUAAUCAAAGACUAUACUCAACGUCCAUUCACCGAAACACUGUUAAAACAUCAAUUUAUUCGUGAUAUACAAAAUAAUCACGAACGAACUGUUAAAUUACAAAUUAAAGAAUAUAUCGAUAAAAUUCGUAAAACAAGAGGCAAUAACAGUCGACAACAACAACAACAACAGCAACAUCAUCAUCAUGGUGCAGGUCAAGCACAGGCUCAAGCGCCAUUACCAAUGCCACCACCACAAAUCCAAGAAAUACAUCCACAUGCUCACCAUCAUCAUCAUCAUAAUGCACAGCAACAAGUACCGUUGCCACCCUCAAUGGUUACUCAGCCUGUCACUUCACGGCAUGGACACGACGAUUCAUCCAGUGACGAUGAUCUAGAUGUAAAUGAAGAAGAUGAAGUAUUGGAUCCAACCACCAAAGCUCCACAGAAUAAUACAUUACGACAAAAUUUUAAACAAGUUCAACAAUCUCAAUUAUCCAAACCUUCCUUGUACACAAAUGUUCCUCCUGCUCACAAUAACAACAACAAUCAACGACAUUCACAACAUAUUAUAAAUGGACAAAACAUUGGACAAGGAAUGAUUGGUAUAUCAGCGGCAUCGCCUUCCACUCAGUAUCCACCACCGAUUGGUGUUACAUCUCAACAAAAUCGUCACUCAAUAUCAGAUAUUAAAGUUCAAUCUCAAGAUAAUAGCAAUAAUCAUCGUUAUCAAAAUUAUUCGGGCGUUGUUAUUAAUCCAAUUUUAUCCGAAGAAAAUAGACCACCUGUUGAUAUCAAACGAACACCAUUUCCUUUCAAACCUGGACCGGCCAUUGUAGUACCAAGGAAACCUGAAGAAUUAGUGGCUGUUGUUCAAAAAUUACAUGAAUUAGCACGCAAUGAUUCGGAUGACAGUGAUGGUGGUGGUAACGAAGAUGAAGAUAAUGAUUUAGACGAUAUGAGUGAUCAAGAAGAUAAUUUAAAAGAAAUAAAUACGUCAAACGAAUUUAUACAGGUUUUAACAAAUCCUAGACAACAACAAAAAGAAACAGAACAAAUCCAACAGCGAGGAUUGCACGGAAAUGCUCAACGUUCACGUUUAUCCACAUCUGAUGGUAAUCAUUCUUGGUCAUCUUCAUCCAUUGAACAACAUCCUUCUAGUCAAGACGCUGUUAUUUCCAAUCAUCGAUUAAGUCAACUGUGUCAACAAGCUUUGACGUCGUCAUCAGCAAAUGUAAAUCAACAUAAUAUGAUGCCCGGAGAUGAUGAUACGUUAAGAGCGCGAAAGAAUAAUAACAACAAUUUAUCGAAUGAACAGAAUGAAAAUCGUCGAAGUACCGUUUUACCUGAUUUAUUACCAAUUCCACCGACAACAUCAGUUCUUGAUCAAACAGCAUCAGAUGAGUAUCGUUUGGCUGUUGGUAAUUCUUCAAAACUAUCAUCUCCCUCAUCUGUACCAGCAAUGGCUCAUCUCACAUCCUCUCAGCAACCUCCUCAGCGUGCAUCGUCAAUGAUCGUUUCAUCAACAACACCAACUCAUAACAUCACUUCAAUGAUCACAUCUUCAACAUCAAUCGAUUCAAAUCAAUUUUUAUCUACAAGAGAUAAUCAGAAUUAUAUCGUCGGAAAAAAAGGAUCACAAAUUGAUGUUAAUGUUUCUCCUCAACCGACCAAUUCAACGUUGACCUUAUCCAGUAAUGGUGGCGAUGCACCAGAAAUUAGAAAAUAUAAAAAACGUUUUAAUUCAGAUAUUUUAUGUGCAGCUCUCUGGGGUGUUAAUUUAUUAAUUGGAACGGAAAACUCUCUUAUGUUACUUGAUCGUAGUGGACAAGGAAAAGUUUAUCAAUUAAUAAGUCGUCGUCGUUUUCAACAAUUACAAGUAUUAGAAAAUCAAAAUAUUUUGGUAACAAUUAGUGGAAAACGAAAUAAAAUUCGAAUUUAUUAUUUAUCAUGGUUAAAAAAUAAAAUUGUUAAAACGGAACCGACUGAUCGUAAACCAGGCUUUACAAAUAUCGGUGAAUUAGAAGGAGCGGUACAUUUUAAAAUUGUUAAAUAUGAACGUAUCAAAUUUUUAAUUGUUGGUUUACGUGAUAGUAUUGAAGUAUAUGCUUGGGCACCAAAACCCUAUCAUAAAUUUAUGACAUUUAAACUAUUCCCCAAUUUGCAAUAUCGACCAUUAUUAGUUGAUUUAACAAUCGAAGAAGGCUCUCGUUUAAAAGUUGUUUAUGGAUCAUGUCAUGGAUUUCAUGCAAUUGAUUUAGAUUCAACAAAUUUCAUUGAUAUUUAUAUACCGUCUAACUUUCAUGAUGCUGUUGAACCACAUGCCAUUGUUGUAUUACCGAAUACAAAUGGAAUGCAGCUAUUACUUUGCUAUAACAAUGAAGGUGUUUAUUGUGAUACAUAUGGAAAGCGAACAAAAAAUAUUGUUUUACAAUGGGGAGAAUUGCCUACAUCUGUCGCCUACAUAUCAAAUGGUAAAAUAAUGGGUUGGGGUAAUAAAGCAAUUGAAAUUAGAAAUGUUGAUACUGGAGCAUUAGACGGGGUAUUUAUGCACAAACGAGCACAAAAGUUAAAGCUUUUUACUAGCUCGAUAUCCUCUAUCGUUCGACUUAUGAACGAACGAAAUCAGAAGGUAUCACUUGGAUAG